CCAGCUGCCCCGACAGCCUUCCCACGGUUACACUUUAAAUGCAAAGCGCACCUGUUGCCAACUCAAGAAUACUACACGCCGAUCAUGCUUUUCAAGUCACUUUUCGUCCUCGCAACAGCAGCUCUGACUGCCUACGCUCAAUCAGCGACCACGACGUCUGACGCCGCGGUUCCAAGUGGUGUUACCCCGUGCAUCCUUUCAUGCUCGUCCCAAGCCGCUUCCGCAGGAAACUGCUCCAGCUUCUCUGACCUUACAUGUGUUUGCACCUCCACUGCAUUCCAGGACGCUGCCGGCGCGUGUCUGCAGGCUAACUGCACUACUGCCGAGGUCGCUCAGGCCCAAGCACUUCAACAAUCUGAGUGCGCGUCAAUUUCGGGGAACUCUACCACCACCACGAGUGGGACAUCGACAUCGACCUCGACCUCGACCAACACAUCCCCCGCUACAACUGCUUCGGGUGCCAAAACUUCAGCAGCAACCUCAUCUGGUGCUGCCACGGGUCUCGCGCCUUCGCUUGCUCUCAACAGUGCAUUCGGUGGGCUCGUUGCCCUUGCUGGCACCCUUAUUGGAGCGGCGUUCGUCGUGUGAUCCGGUCAGCGUAGAUGGCAAUAUUUAUAUUCGCAUCGUCACCGGGGGUUAACCUUACUUUGAUAUCUUCUAUUAUUUUAUUCGAGUUACAAACACUUUUACUUGGAUGUUUUAGAAUCUUGAGGUCGGCGUUAGACGUCAGCCAGGACUACGACGUUCGGUUACUACGUACAUACCUAUUGCUUGGCGCCACUCUCCCCUUCAG